GGCUUCAACCUGGGAGAUGGAGGUUGCAGUGAGCUGGGAUCACGCCAGUGCACUCCAGUCUGGGUGGUGCGAGACUCUCAAAACGAAACAUCACUCUGGCAGCACUGUAGAGGAUGAACUGGUAGGGGCAAGACUAUUUGGAGACUUGCAAUAAUAUCUCAGGCAAAAUAUGAGGAAGGCUUAAACUAGGGCAAUGAAUGAAGGCUGGAGAGAACAUGAGUUUGAGGAAGUUUAAGGAGAUAGCAUCUGCAUACUUGGUUGCCAUUUGGGUGAAGUGAAAGAAGGAGAAGUGGUCUCGAAAAUGUUAUGUGGCGUGUUUCGCUUGGAGAUAAUGAAUUCAAAGUGAUGCCUGCUGUAACAGGUGUGCACAGUGCUGUAGAGGGUGCUUACAGUUCAGCUUAGGGCUGGUAGGAAGUAACAUGUGAGUCCUGAAGUCAGUCGGUCUGGGGGUCAUUGUCCUAAACAGAGAAGAUAGGAAGGAAAUAGGAGCUGAGCUUUUAGAGGUAUUCUUUGUGGUUUAAUAUUAUACCCAUGGGUCAUCCUCAAAAGAUGUGCCCGGAUUUCCCGGGGACUUUCAGAAACCCCGCUACCUUCCGACCCGCGGAACGCUCCAAGAGGAAGCGUCGCUAGGCCACCAGAGGGCGCCAGGCGGGCCGCAGCGACCCCAGAGUCGCGUUAUGGCCGCGGCGCGGGUACAGCUGCUCCUGUCCGGGCGUCCGGAGUCGGUGAGCUUCGCACGGAGUGUGUGUGGCCUCCUGGGAGCCGGGCCAGGGCUCGGGCCGUGGCCCAUUCACUGCGGCUUGAAGCGAGGACGGCUUGUCCUCUCGAGCAGGCCCUUCCCAGGCGCCUCCGCUAGGCUUCCGCUCCAGGUCAGCAGAAAGGGGCCUCAGAGCGGGGGUGGGGGCAGUGAAGGGCCGAAGACGGGGACUGAAAUCGGGUGGGAACUGGCGGCGAGGACCCCGCCUCCAACGCGCGGGGUAGCCCCAUUUUUGAAAGUCACGCCCACCCAGUGCCGCCCCACUUCUGAAGCCUUAACCCAGCUGGCUUCCUUCUGCCAGCGACCCCCUUUCUGCCCUUUUGCGGCCCUGGACGGGCGGCCCAGGGUUCCUGGGGCUGAGCUGCCCACAGAUCGAGGUGUGGACCUGGGUGUGGCCGUCAUUCUGCAGUCCAGCGACAAGACUGUCUUGCUGACCAGAAGGGCACGCACCCUCAGCGUUUCCCCCAACCUCUGGUACCCCCGGCUGCUGGAUGGAGGGCUUCGAGAACUUUGGGAAGAGUGUGGACUACACCUGCCCCAGGGCCAGUUCUCUUGGGUCCCUCUGGGUUUAUGGGAGUCUGCCUACCCUCCUAGGCUGAGCUGGGGUUUACCCAAGUACCAUCACAUUGUUCUGUAUCUACUCGUGAUCUCCCAGGAAUCACAGCAGCAGCUGCAGGCCCGGAUCCAACCAAACCCAAGUGAGGUGAGCGCCCUUAUGUGGCUGACACCAGAUGUAGCUGCUGCAGUGGCUGCCACAGAGGAUGGGACAGAGACACCCAGACUUCUCCCCCAGGACCUACCACCCUCUGUCCUUGCACUGGAACUAGAAGAGGAUGGAAGAGCCCGACCUCUGGUCCUGCCCAUGUCCACCCUGCUGCGGAUGAUCCCAACCAUGGCAGAGGGCAAAGAGAGAGUCAGCACUGGAACCAAGUUUGCCCUCAGGCUCUGGCUGCAACAUCUGGGCAGGGAAAAGUGAAAAGGGACUGGAGAGCUCCACAGCACUGGGCUGGAAUGGUCUGGUUUUACAGGCAUGGGGGAAAGGAAGGAAGGACAACCUCUCUGGGAAUUCUUCCAUGGAACACCCCCACCGUGUAAAAGUGCAGCUCACCUGGACCCAGGGCCAGCAAAGGAAGAAUGGAACAUGGACCCUCUUCCCCCAAACCAGGGCUCUGGAAAGUGAAGUGUAACAUCCCCUCCCUAGCCCAUCUCCGUGACACUCACAGAACAUUCACAACCUUUAUUAUGGGUGAGAGCUUCACUACAACUUUAGGAAUAAAAAGUAAAAUUACAACACAGGUCUCAGGCCUUGGACGAGCCUGAAAAAGAGGACUGGGAAGGAGGGCACAGGGUCCUCCCACCUCCCUGGAAAGGUGCAGAAUGAGCCAGGCCUAACCACAGGGCCAUGAGCCUCUAGAAGCUUAGGGCGGAAUAAGAAACACUGUGAACUUAAAUAUAUAAAUAGAGAGAGACCCAAGCAAUAGGCCGGGCCUGACUCCCAAACCACUGGGGGAUCAUGGCUAAGGCCUUACAUCCUCCUCUGUCAUACUGGAGUAGGAGGCAGGGGAAGUCAUCUUUGGAGUAUUUUGGUUUUUCUUAUUUAUGUACAAAAAAAUCCACAUCCACAAUCCAAAAUAAAGUUCUCUGUCCAUCUCUGAAA